AUGAAGUUCCUCGGUCUUCUCAACCUCGCUGCUCUGGUCAGCGCCGUCCCUACUCCUACCUUCCAGGAGGCCGGAAAGACUCUCGGCAAGCGAGCUGCCAUCACCGACGCUGCCAACAUUGGUUACGCGACGCAGAACGGCGGUACUACCGGCGGUGCUGGUGGUGCUACCGUGACCGUCUCUUCUCUCGCCGAGUUCAGCAAGGCUGCUGAGUCGGAGGGCAAGCAGGUCAUCUACGUCAAGGGUCAGAUCUCUGGAAACAACAAGAUCCGCGUCAAGUCUGACAAGACCAUCGUCGGUGCCGCUGGUGCUUCUCUUGACAACAUUGGUCUUUACAUCAACAAGCAGAAGAACGUCAUCGUUCGCAACCUCAAGAUCAAGAACGUUGUUGCUGGCAACGGUGAUGCCAUCGGUAUCCAGAAGUCCACCAACGUCUGGGUCGACCACUGCGAGCUGUCCUCCGACUUGUCCAAGGACAAGGACUUCUAUGACGGUCUCCUCGAUGUCACUCACGCCUCUGACUUCGUCACCGUGUCCAACACCCACUUCCACGACCACCACAAGGCUUCUCUCGUCGGCCACUCCGACAGCAACGGCUCCGAGGACAAGGGCACUCUCCACGUCACCUACGCCAACAACCACUGGUCCAGCAUUGGAUCUCGCGCUCCCUCUGUCCGCUUCGGUUUCGUCCACGUCUUCAACAACUACUACGAGGAUAUCAGCGUGACUGGUGUCAACUCCCGUAUGGGUGCCCAGGUUCUUGUUGAGUCUACCACCUUCUCCAGCUCUAAGAAGGCUCUCACCUCCAAGGACUCCAAGGAGACUGGUACCAUCUCUGUCAACGAUGUCAACCUGGGCGGUUCCACCAACGAUGCUCCCAAGGGCUCCAUCUCCAAGUCCAACAUUCCCUACCAGUACUCUCUUGUCGGUUCCUCCAAGGUCAAGUCGGCUGUUGUCGGUGUUGCUGGUGCUACUCUUAAGCUGUAA